CCAGGAAAAAAAAUGCAUGAAACUAAAAGCGCUUGCAAAGGCACAGAGAAUACUCAAACGAAAUAUGCAAAAGUCCAAUAACAUGAAAGCAAAGAGCAAUAGUAGAAUAACAAAAAUUUAUUUAUGAACAAGAGCGACUAUGAAUUGUAUCGAGAGGUCUAGAAAAUCAUACUUGGCGCACAAUAGCAAAUAAGGUCAAUAAUCCGAUAUGGCAAAUCAGAAGUCAGAGUCACUAAAUCCUUGAUUGGGAAACGAGGCACAAGUGCACCUGCCGGAGGGAAACGCCCUCCAGUCCAGCUGGAGCUGGAACACAAUCAACACACAACACGACAGUCGAUGCCAUGGGUUCAAUGUGCACACAAUCUCAUGCAUCGCCUAAAUAUGGCAAAGCCUUUUUGAAAAUUGCGUUCUUCAUGUUUAGUUCACAGGACUUGCCCAAAUGAACCAGUAGAGAUGCACAUCUACAGCAUGCCUCUUUUUACAUCCACAGAUAUGAAAAACCCGCCGUCUCUUUGCUGACUGCAGUGCUCAUCUCGGCAGGAACAUCAGCAUCUGGGUACUCGACAGAUCCUACGCCAGGGGCUUAAUAGUACGAAGUGCAGCUGGAGGUGUGACAUCGUCCCAGCCCUCGACACAUUGACUCACACAGGAUUAAUCCACUGCAUGGUGCUUGAGGUGGAGGACCUGAUACAUCUCAUUUUCCCCGCCUGUCAGACUGAACAUCUUUGGAGGCCUCCUCUCCCUUGCCAGCCACAGAAGGGCUGGACUCAGCCUGAACCAACAACAUUGCGCAAAGGGAUGACUGGCAAACAUUUUGAUCAGGAGUAAGAGAGGAAACAAAGGGCUGGACUAUGCCUUUAAAGGAUGACUUUGGGGUCAUUGCCUGGGCAGGGGGAACUGGGAACUACUUCUCCUUCUUCGUCCUCUGGUCGAUCUUGCUCAUCCAUGUCCGAACAGAUAUUGUGUUUCAUAUGGAUCAUCAGUUCACAUGGAAAACAGGCCAGUGGGGUCAUUGUAUGGGUGAAGACUGUGGCUCCGGUGGAGUUCAGAGCAGGACAGUAUGGUGUGUCCACACAGAGGGCUGGACCACCCAUCACUCUCACUGCAACCACAUGGACAAACCCGAGAGUCGGCGGCAUUGUUUUAAGGUGUGCGACUGGCACCAGGACCUCUUCGAGUGGGAACUCUCUCCCUGGGAGGGCUGUGUUCUUGUACCUUUUUUUUCCAACGAGCUCAAGCUGCGGACCACAGAGUGCAUUACAGCACAGCAUGGAAUCCAGAGACGCAAAGUGCAGUGUAUGCGCACUUCUAACCGCACGACAGUCACUUCGAGGAUUUGUGACUUCUUUUCUCAGAGACCCCCAGUGGAGCAGGCAUGUCUGAUCCCUUGCCCACAGGACUGCGUUGUGUCGGACUUCACCUCAUGGUCGGGUUGCAGUAGAACAUGCGGCGCUGGCCUGCAGCAUCGAACUCGACAUGUUCUGACCAUGCCGAUGUAUGGUGGCGCAAGCUGCCCCAACCUGACCGAAACCAGGACUUGUUCUGGCUCUGUUGGCUGCCCUUCUGGGGAGGACGAGUACCAGUACAGCCUUAAAGUAGGAGCCUGGAGCGAAUGUAGGCUACCCCAUCAUAAAGACACCCUAAUAAAUGGCCGGACCACCGUGGAUUUCAGCAGUAACAAGGAGAAUAAUACAGUCAUGUUACACAGACAUGCAUCCCAAUACCGUCAAGACCAUUAUACCCAUCGUCAUCAUGAGAAGUACCCCAUGUCGUGGGAACUGGAGGUAGGAUACCAGACACGGCAAGUCCGCUGCACACGCAGUGAUGGAAAGAACACAAUGCUGAGCCUCUGUGCCAAAUACAACUCCCCUGUGACCUACCAGGCCUGCGUGAUGCCCAGAGACUGCCACACUUCAGAUUGGUUAUCGUGGAGUCCCUGUUCGAAGACCUGCCGGUCCACCGACCUGUCUCCUGGUUACCGUCUGCGGUCACGAGUCCUGACACAGAUUCCACUGAGUGGGGGGAAACAAUGUCCCAUCCUUGAGGAAAAGGAAGCGUGCAACAUUAUCGGGGACUUGCUUCCAAACUGUCCGAGGUAUGAAUGGAGAGCCACUGACUGGGAUGAGUGCUUGGUUUCCCCUUUACUGAGCAGACUGGACCGGCGUCAGGCUAACAUCACUCGUCUCUGCGGAGGGGGUGUGCAGACCAGAAAGACCUACUGUGUACAAGUUCCUGAUGACUCGGCUCCACAUCACAGAAAGGAAGUGUCCAGGCCUGUGACUGCCAGACUGUGUGGGGGUCAAGAAGCUCCCCUGGCCAUCAAGAAUUGCUCCAUUCCCUGCCAGCACCGUUGUCUGCUCUCCCGCUGGUCACCCUGGGGAUCCUGCGUACACGAUAACUGCAAAGCUCCAGAGGGGAAGAAAGGAUUCAUACAAAGGAGGAGAGAAGUGUUGUGGGCAUCCAGCAGUCCACUUGAUGUCUGCCCUCAUUUGGUGGAGUCCAUCCCCUGUGAGGAGCCUGCCUGCUAUCUGUGGCAAGUUCAGCAAGGCAGAUGUACACCCAAUAAAAGCAGUUGUGGUCCUGGAACUGUGGUCCAAAGUGCGAAGUGCAUCAGUGCUGAAGGUGAGGAUGUGCCCAUGACUUACUGUACAGAGGACCCUCCACCGACCCAGGUGCCCUGCGAGGUAGCCUGUCCUGCCGACUGCGUUGUAAGCGUUUGGUCGUCCUGGUCCCCGUGCUCGCAUAGUUGUGCCUCCAAAACAGCAGAGGGUCGACAAAGUCGCACACGCACUGUGUUGGCCCUUCCAGGAAAAGGUGGGAAAGAGUGUCCAGGGGCUCCAGCUUUGGAAGAGUGGAGAGUUUGCAAUGACCAUCCUUGCCUGGUAUUCUAUUGGGAAGUUUCAACAUGGGGACCCUGCAUUCACGAUACUGUGGAUCUCAACCGAACCUAUUUCCGGAAUAGCACCGCUACCUGUGCUUUGGGAGCCCAAAUUCGUAAAGUCUCCUGCAUGAAGAUGAAUGGGGGAUCUGUUGUCAGCAAAAGAUGCCCAGAUUCUGCUCGUCCAGAAACGAUCCGGCCUUGUGUUCUUCCCUGCGUGAAAGACUGCAUUGUGACACCCUUCAGCGAAUGGACGGCCUGCCCAUCAACCUGCAUGCCAGAAAAUGCCACAUCUGCCACACAGUCUCGGCACCGGAUUAUCAUUCAGAGGUCCGCGAAUGGAGGUCAAGAGUGCCCUGACACUCUUUAUGAAGCGAGGGAGUGUGAAUCACUCGCAGCAUGUCCAAUUUACAGAUGGAGGAUACACAAGUGGCGCGCCUGUACCUUGGUUCCUAAUUCCGUCCAACGCAGCUUAUCUCAAACAGCAGAUUCCUGCGGAAAUGGGUUAGAAACAAGAGGACUCAGUUGUGUUGGGGAGAACGACGAGGUGGCCAACCUGACAGAGUGCCUGCGCUGGGCUGGUCCUUUGCCUGCUCAGGUCCGAGCAUGUCGAGUGGCUUGCAAGGAUGACUGCACUCUUACGGCUUGGUCCAAGUUCUCGGAGUGCACAGGAUGUGGCAGUUUCCAAAGUCGCAAGCGCUCGCUCACAGGUCGCAGUAAAAAGAAGGUACAAUGCCUGGAUGAAGCAUUAUACCCUCUGGAAGAGACGGAAGCGUGUGCCUGUGAGGAGUACUUGUCCCAACCUUUCGGGAACUGGUCUGAUUGCAUCCUCCGCGAACCUUCCACUCCGGGAUUGUUGCAAAGUUGGAUGAGCCACCAAGAAGUGAAGGAGUGUGGUCAAGGUCUACGCUACAGAGCUGUAGCCUGCGUUGAUCAAAAAGGACGCUUAGUCGAGCCUACGCUGUGUACAGACACCGGCUACAUGGUGGAGGUGUGCCACAUCCCGUGUCCCCUAGACUGUAAGCUCAGUGACUGGUCCGCGUGGUCAGCCUGCAGUUCAUCUUGUGGCGGCGGGCUCAAGGUCAGAUCCAAGUGGCUGAGGGAAAAGGCUUUUAACGGGGGUCGUCCAUGCCCCAAACUGGAUCUGAAGAACCAGGUAAAUGAAGCUCUGCCAUGCCACAGUGAAUGCAACAAAUACGAGUGGAGGAUCGAGCCCUGGUCCAUUUGCACCAUCAACACGGUGGGCGACUCGCCAUCCUGUGGGGAGGGAGUCCAAAGCCGCAAGAUCAGGUGUGUGAAGAAGGGAAAAAGUGGGGAGGUCAGCACUGUGGAGGACAGUCAGUGUGAUCAAGAGGAAAUGCCACCCAGAGCCCAGGUCUGCUUUUUGGCCUGCCACAACGACUGCGUCUUGUCACCCUGGGAAUCUUGGAGCAACUGCCUGCCGCAGCAAUGUGAACGAGGCUCAGAGAGAAACAGGAGCAGACAGAUCCUCCGCCUACCUGCCGUGGGAAGCGCAGCCUGUCCAGAAAUGAUGCAGUCAGAAAGUUGUUCUCUCAACACCACCUGCUUCACUUACCAGUAUCAAGUCUCAGAAUGGAGUACAUGUCGACUGAGUGAAAAUGCCAUCUGUGGUGGAGGUGCCAGGCAACGGCUUCUCAACUGCAUCCGCAGUGACGGUCAGAUUGCGGACUUGCAAAAGUGUGAGCAGCUUGGAAUGGUCAAGGACUGGAAGUUGGUGGAGAACUGUGUGGUCGACUGUCCGGUCAGCUGUGUCCUCUCUGAUUGGUCGCCAUGGGGAGAAUGCUCGCAUACCUGUGGCAACCAAGGGAAGUCUGUGCGUACUCGGCGAAUUUUGCAGGAUGCUCAUGAGGAAGGUCGGCCUUGUCCCAACCAGCUCAUCCAGACAAAGCCAUGUCCCAUAAACCCUUGCUACAUGUGGCUGCUCAGUGACUGGUCCCCCUGCACCAUAGAGGGUGCAGACUGUGGCGAGGGGCUUCGGAGAAGAAACCUAUCAUGUGUCAUUCACAAGGGUGACUGGACUGAGUCUCCUCCCGUGCCAGUGGCGGAGGAAUUUUGUGGCGAUAAACUGAAGAAGGAAAUCCAACAGGAUGUGGCGCAGCCUUGCUUCGUUCCCUGUCAAGGAGACUGCCAUUUGGCAGAGUGGUCAUCUUGGAGCUCUUGCCAAUUGACUUGUGUGGAAGGUCGGAGUUUUGAAAGCACAGGGCGUCAAUCCCGUUCCAGAGCGGUGAUCAUUCAAGUUCCUGAGAACCAGGACACCUGCCCACAGCAAGUCUUUCAAACGCAGCCAUGCAAAGGAGGCCAGUGCUACAGUUACCAGUGGAGAACAGGAGGAUGGAGCAAUAAUGAGAGAGCAGUGUGGUGUCAGCGCUCGGAUGGUGUCAUCGUCACAGGGGGGUGUUUCCCGCAGAAAAUGCCGAGCAUGAUUCGGCACUGCCAUCCGCCGUGCGCCAAGCCGUUCUCGCACUGCACGUCGAGUGGUGUGUGUCGCUGCGAGAAGGGUUACACCGAAGUGAUGACCACACACGGCUUCUUGGACUACUGUACUCGAACCCCUGGUGUAGACACCAAUUUGAAAGCUGACGUGAAAACCAACUCGGGAAGAUUAAAACCAUCUCGGGCUCGAGACCGUCUCACAGAGUGGACCUUACGACCUGUUGGCCCAGAUGGAAGAGUAAAGUUGUGGGUUUACGCCGUGACUGCCGUCGGAUUCAUCUUAGUACUCUUCAUUAUUGCAUUCUCAUUCCUGGUCUGCAAAUCGGGCAAAAUCGCAAAGACGACACCCCCGCCGCAGAAACCUUUGACGCUGGCCUAUGAUGGUGACAUAGAUAUGUAACCACGUUGGGAUUCUUCACACCGAUGUUCUCCUCUGCCUCUCGGACAGACUCUUGACGUAUACAGACGCCACAAGGUGGUAUGAAUGGAUCAAGGUACUCCGGUCGAGCCGCGCAAAGAGUAUUUGCUCUUAAACGACACACUUUCCCAUGCUAAAUUGCUCCUCGAAAGAAGAGCCAAGAAGCCAAACUCGCAACAUGGACGCGGCGAUGCAGGCUGAAAUCAUCAGAGCUUGCAAAAGCUGAAGCAUUUUUUUUAAAAAAAUGUUGUUUUAUUCUCAUCUAUGUGUGUGUGCUGAAAAUCACAUGGACCAAAUGGAGCUGUGGUUGUCUCUUAAUGGACAUAUCCAAAAUUCAUGACAUACAGAGGCUGAAAAAGGAACACUUUUCUCAUUCUUGUUGGAAAUUUGUAAAGGAAAUGUCACAACUUUAUUGUGUAAACAGCCUUUUUUCUGAGAAUAAACACAAAAAAAUGCUUUAUGCACUACAUUAGUGCUGAUACACAAUUCCUUUUCCUUUGAAAUGACUUUUAUAGUGUUUGAAAUGUUUAUGCAAGUCGUUGCUGUUGGAUUGUACUUUUGUUGACGAUGCCAUAUGUUGUGUCGAUGUGGAAACCAAAAGGAGGCUUGCCUUGAGUUUAACAACGCGAUGCACUCGUUUCUCUGUCCCAAAAUAUCAUUCGAUACUCAGAAACCAAGAAAUGUGAACAUUUCGACCAUUUCAGUGAGACGAUGCUGCUGAGUGACAUACGAACUCACGUCGUACAACAUACAAAACACACAUGAAUGUCAGAAAGAAAAAGAAGAUGCAUACACACAGUUUGGUCUGGAAUUAUACGGGCAAUGGCAUAAUGAUUAUGCCUUUAUACACCUUCGCCGUGGAUAGUCAAGUUGUGCUGAAAGAGAAGACUUUCAUUUGUAUUUUGAGAUUUUUCCAAACAUAUGGAGAAUGUUUAUUUCCCCAACCUCCAAAAAGUCGUUCUUUUGUUUUAGGGUCAUUAUUCAGUUGCACUAAGAAAAAGAAGAAUGUGAUUCCACAUCAAAGUUUUUAAAAUAAUUGUUAUGGAAAUAAUUUAUUGUACAUCUAGUGAUUAAAAAAAAAUAGAAUAAAUGAAAAAAAAUAAAUAAUUGUGAAAUGCUGAUUCAUAGGGUGGCUCUGUGGUCCAGUUGUUAGCGCGUCGACUUCACAGUGCAGAGGUCUUGGAUUCAGUUCCCGCUCCAGGCUCCCUGUGUGGAGUUUGCAUGUUCUCUCCGGGCCUGCGUGGGUUUUCUCCGUGUAGUCCGGUUUCCUCCCACGUUCCAAAAACAUGCACGGCAGGCUGAUUGAACGCUCUAAAUUGUCCCUAGGUGUGAGUAGGUCCCUAGAUGGCGGCCCCAACUUCGAUAUGCAGGAAACAACCGUGCCAGAGGAAAAACAACAAAUCAGAGACAAUAAGGCGUAACUGACGAGGUCUCGAUCAUUUCUCGUGCACUAGCGGGUGAACCCUCCAAGCCUCACCCCAUUAUAUGACUCAUGUACGAGUGUGAGGUAACACAAAAUGACAAAAGUGUUUUCUUGAAUUGCUAACUCCUCAAUCAAAUGGUAAAUCCAAUGAUUUUUUUUUAAAUUAAUCUGUUCUUCAACCUUGUCACAUCUUGAUUGCUUUACAUGAAACUCAUCGAGUUAGUGUGUAAAGGCAAACUCAUUAAUACUCUUGUCAUUGCCUAAUUAAAAUGGUGCAUUCACAUUUGAUCGAAUGCAAAUGAUUUCUUUUAUCGGAAGAAGGUAUCUUCUUUUGCCUCACACAG